AUAGCCUAUAGCCUAUAAACGUAGAAAAACGGAAUACUCAUCAUUCACGCAUCUCCCUCCCUCAUGUGGUGAACUAGUUUGCCACUCCUCUUCUUCUCUCUCCACAACUAUUCAUAAACAUCGAUCGUCAAAUCGAACACAAAUAUGGAGAACAAUAAUGUGGAUAUCGAAAGCGAAGGAGUGGAGAAGAUGGAGAGAAAUGGAUCUGCGAUGGAGGAGAGAGAUAUGAUACGAGAGCCGUUGCUUUUGAGAAGCAGGAUCAAUACGACGUCGCAGAUUGCUAUUGUUGGUGCUAAUGUUUGCCCCAUCGAGUCACUUGAUUACGAGAUCGUGGAAAAUGAUCUUUUCAAACAGGAUUGGAGGUCAAGGAAGAAGGUGCAGAUAUUUCAAUAUGUCGUCUUAAAGUGGACAUUAGUGCUUCUUAUAGGAUUAGCUACCGGGCUUGUGGGGUUUUUCAAUAACAUUGCAGUGGAAAACAUUGCUGGUUUUAAGCUUCUUCUCACUGGUAAUCUUAUGCUUAAGCAAAAUUAUUAUCUGGCGUUUGUUGCGUUGGCUGGUUGCAAUGUGGUUCUGGCGACAUGUGCUGCAGUUCUUUGUGCGUAUAUUGCCCCUGCAGCAGCCGGUUCCGGUAUACCUGAGGUUAAAGCUUACCUUAAUGGUGUAGAUGCGCAUUCUAUUCUGGCUCCAAGCACCCUCUUUGUAAAGAUUUUUGGAUCGAUAUUUGGAGUGGCUGCUGGAUUUGUUGUGGGAAAGGAAGGGCCAAUGGUUCACACGGGGGCUUGCAUAGCUAACUUACUUGGUCAAGGAGGAUCUAGAAAGUAUCAUUUGACAUGGACAUGGCUUAGAUAUUUCAAAAAUGAUAGGGACAGGAGGGACUUGAUCACAUGUGGUGCAGCUGCUGGUGUUGCUGCUGCUUUUCGUGCCCCUGUUGGCGGGGUUCUCUUUGCACUUGAAGAAGCAGCCUCAUGGUGGCGGAGCGCUCUUCUUUGGAGAACGUUUUUCACAACUGCUGUAGUAGCUGUGGUUUUGAAGGGUCUGAUUGAAUAUUGUAAAAAUGGACAGUGUGGAUUGUUUGGGGAAGGUGGUCUGAUCAUGUUCGAUAUCAAUAAUUCAGUACCUUCUUACAACACCAUUGAUCUCCUUGCCAUUAUAUUACUUGGAGUUAUCGGUGGAGUUUUUGGAAGCAUUUACAAUUAUCUUGUUGAUAAGGUCUUGCGCACUUACAGCGUCAUCAAUGAGAGAGGUCCUGGUUUUAGGGUGUUUUUGGUGAUCGUCAUAUCAAUCCUAACUUCUUGUUGUGCGUUUGGCGUCCCUUGGCUUGCAACCUGCAUCCCAUGCCCGGAAAAUGCAAAGGAAGAGUGCCCUACAAAAGGGCGUUCUGGAAGCUACAAAAGCUUUCAAUGUCCCGAUGGUCAUUACAACGAUCUUGCUUCCCUUUUGCUCACCACCAAUGAUGAUGCCAUUAGAACCUUAUUCAGCUCCCUAAAUACACACGAGUUCCGCAUUCCUAGUCUCAUUUUCUUCUUUUUUGCCAUGUAUUUCCUCGGCAUCAUAACAUAUGGAAUCGCAAUUCCUUCUGGGCUUUUUAUUCCUGUAAUAUUAGCUGGGGCAUCAUAUGGACGGCUUGUCGGUCGGCUCCUUGGUCCCAUUGCUAAUCUCGAUUGUGGUCUUUUCGCCUUACUUGGUGCUGCAUCGUUCCUUGGCGGCACAAUGAGAAUGACGGUUUCUCUAUGCGUUAUACUUCUCGAGCUCACUAAUAAUCUGCUAAUGCUUCCAUUAAUGAUGCUUGUCCUUCUCAUUUCAAAAACUGUGGCUGAUUGUUUCAACAAAGGAGUGUAUGACCAAAUUGUGAUAAUGAAGGGUCUACCGUUUCUAGAAGCCCAUGCCGAACCAUACAUGAGGCAUUUGGUUGCGGGCGAUGUUGUUUCCGGGCCUUUGAUAACUUUCUCGGGUGUCGAGAAAGUUGGCAACAUAAUGCAUUCUUUAAGGAUGACAUCACACAACGCUUUUCCGGUUAUUGACGAGCCACCUAUUACCGACGCCCCGGAAUUAUGUGGGCUUGUGUUAAGGUCUCAUUUGCUUGUUUUGCUGAAAGGAAAGGUCUUUACAAGACAUCCGCGUUUAAGUGGAGCUGAAACGUUGAAAAAGUAUCAUGCCUUCGAUUUUGCAAAAGCGGGAUCAGGAAAAGGGUUGAAACUCGAAGAUUUGGAGAUAGAACCGGAGGAAAUGGAAAUGUAUGUUGAUCUUCAUCCUAUUACCAACACAUCACCAUAUACAGUGGUGGAAACCAUGUCUUUGGCUAAAGCUGCAAUUGCUUUUCGGGAACUUGGUCUUCGACACUUGUGUGUUGUACCAAAGACUCCUGGGAGGCCACCGAUAGUCGGUAUCUUGACACGGCAUGAUUUCAUGCCAGAGCACAUUUUGGGACUCUACCCGCACAUCGACCCACACAAGUAGAUCAAAGGCGGUGUCAUGUAUUAUGUUUUGAUUUUGACAACUGUCGAAUGCCACCUAAGAUAUUGUUGUUAUUCUUUUGUGAAAUUCAUUUUGAGGGAGGCAAAGGAGAAAGGUAUAGAUAUUGUUUGUAUUGUUUUAUAGAGUGAAGAUGAGUGUUGUUUUUCCUUGUAAGAGAACAUAUGUUAAUAUCCUAAUAUUGAAAAUGUAUUAUAAUAUUUAAUACUUCCUUUUCAUUUAUUAUUAUUAAAUUUGUUUUAUAUUAA